AUGGUUCCUCUUCUUGGGCUACUAUACCUUUUAGCUACCGUUCUCUCUGCUGUCGUCUCAGCAGAAAACAACAUCAAGUUCAUCAACCACUGCCCCUACGAUGUCUACUCGUGGGCUGUUGGCCCAGCCGGGUCUGGAUGGACUGGGCACGAUCACGAAGCCGUCGCCAUCCCCGCCAACACGGUCACCUACCAGGGCAUGGUCGAUUGCGGAAUCACCGGCGGUGGUAUUUCUGUGAAGCUUCGUGAUCUGCCACGGUAUGAGGUCGCACCUGCUGGCAUCAUUCAAGUCGAGUACAAUCUCGUCCCCAGCAAAAACCACCUUUGGUACGACCUCAGCGCUGUCGACUGCGACCACACUGUUGGUCCUGAGCAUCCUUCUUUCUGCCCUCUCAUCGGCGGCGGUUUGAAGGUGUACAUCGAGCACGCCGAUGAGGGCAAGUGUCCUCCUGCAUGGUGCAGUGCGAAUGGUCAGUGCCACCGCACUUACACGGAGCACGGUUACUGGCACGGCGAGCCCACGUUCAGGUGCGACGCUGGCAAGGACGUCGUCGUCGAGCUCUGCACCAAGCGCGUGGGCCCAAGGACCUUCAACGGCCACGACGAGCCCAGCCACAACGAGCCUCAGCCGGAUAAGAAUCCUGGUAACCCAUCUACCAACGGUAUCUGCGGUGCAAGGACUUCUGGAGGAGAGACGUGUUUCGACUAUGCUCGCGGCAGUUGUUGCUCUCAGUAUGGUUGGUGUGGCUACUCCGACGCCCACUGUGGUACGGGCUGUCAAUCUGGCUUCGGCAACUGCACGAGCGACUCUGCUGCAGAGACGCCUUCAUACCAAUCUCCCCCUCAGCCGUCUUUGUACAGCCUUCCCACCGAGCCGAGCACUCUUCAGCCCGUCUACUCCAAGCCCACGCCUAGCUACCACCCGCCGGUAUCUAGCUACCACCCGGCACCAGUCUACUCCCCUCCAGUAUCCAGCUACUCUCACCCGGCACCAGUCUACUCCCCUCCGGUAUCCAGCUACUCUUACCCGGCACCGGUCUACUACCCUCCGGUAUCCAGCUACUCUCACCCGGCACCAGUCUACUACCCUCGACCGUCCAGCUAUCACCAACCGUCGACCACCCCCACUCCCUCGCACCCGCACAUUGCUUACACCUGGCCCGGCCAUGGCAAAUUUUCAUCCAGCUACGCGAAGCCCAGCACCUUCAAGUCAGUACCCUACAGCAAGCCCACCCCCAGCUACGGCAAGCCCUCGCACAGCCAUUUCGCACCCCCGAGCUCCACGCGCCCGACCAAACCCAGCCGUAGCGCGAUCUACUAUCCCGCGCCACGCAGCAGCAAGACCACGCCGGUGUAUAGCGAGCCGACACCAGUGCACACCAAGCCAGCAAGCCACACCACACCAUCGGACAGCAAACACACAGUGUACAGCACCGCGCCGCCGCACGCCAAUCCUUCCAGCUACGUGCCCCCCGCGCACGCGCCGCAGCGGGAACCGCAGAUCCCCGGCUCGUGGUACGAAGCGGCUCGGCCAUCUCAGGCGCGGCGGCGCUGA